AUGUCCCCUCAAAGGUGCCAGAUGUCACAGGAUUCGCGCAGGCUCCGAAUCAUUCCCAGAGUGGAAGAGCUGCCGAUGAUAUUUGGAGACCUCUUUUACUAUUCCACGCGGCGGACAAAAAUGGUGACGCGUGGGUUUCUGAGACAUAAAUCGGGCAAACCAUAUGAAACAGUCAGCAUGGCUGUCAUAAUUCAAUUACGAUCCAAUCCUGCAAACAACGAGCUGCUGCCAAGCCUCGUAUUGGUGACAAGCAGACUCAAAUCAAAACAGCUUCUACAGCCUGAAUCUCUGGAAAGAUAA